UGUAUGCACAAAGAAACGACCUGGGUUGUUAUGGUCAUGAGUCAUAUCUCUAAAACAGACUGGAUGUGACCCUGUGACCCCUGGUUGCCAGGGAGAGUGUGGUGGGGCCAUGGCUACUGGGGCUACUGUUGGGGAGAGCCAACUCCAGAGGAUUAUCCGAGAUCUGCAUGAGGCUGUUGCAGAACUUGCAAAGGAGUACAGGGAAAGUGGGGAGCCAAUCACAGAUGACAGUACCAACCUGCACAAGUUCUCCUACAAGCUGGAGUACCUGCUACAAUUUGACCAAAAGGAGAAGACCACAUUUCUUGGUACAAAGAAGGACUAUUGGGAUUACUUCAAUGACUGCCUGGCUAAAAUCAAAGGGGCCAACGAUGGGAUCCGCUUUGUCAAAUCCAUCGCUGAACUGAAGACAUCUCUGGGGAAGGGACGAGCAUUCAUUCGCUACUCCCUCGUACAUCAGCGGCUGGCUGACACACUGCAGCAAUGCCUGAUGAACCAGAGAGUCACCAGUGACUGGUACUAUGCAAGAAGCCCCUUCCUGAAGCCCCAUCUUAGUGUUGACAUCAUCAAUCACCUGUAUGAACUCAAUGAGGUCCAGUUCGAUGUGGCUUCCAGAGGACAUGAUCUUGAUGCCUCCUGGCCCACUUUUGCAAGGAGGACGCUGGGAAGUGCAAACUCACCUGGCCAUAUGUGGAAACCACCCAGUCGCAGUUCCAGCAUUAACAGUCUGGCCAGCACCUACUCCCAGCAAGCCCCUGAGUUCCCCUCUAGCCCCGACUAUGGCCAGGGUCUGCUGAAUGACCUGAAUGAGUCCCUGCCUGUCUGCACCGAAGAUGUCGGUACAGUUGAAGAACUUCGUGUAGAGCUGGACCAGUCAGAGCUGAAGCAGCGGGAACUCCUCAAUAAGGUGCAGCAGCUGGGCGAGGAGGCUGCUGAGCUCAGGGGAGUAGUCAUGGAACUCCAGAGGCAGCUGGAUGUGUCGCUUGCUGCCCAAGAGGAGCAACGGGGCCUGCAGGGGGAACUCAAGGCUCUGCAAGGGAGAGAGGAUGCCCUGUCCAGAGAGGUGGAAGCACUCAGGAUUAGGGAGAAAGCCAUGGAGGCUGAUCAAUGCCUGCUCCAGGAAAAGUUGGCAGCUGCUGAGGGGAAGAACAUGGAGCUCAUCGCCAAGUUGGACGAGGUCCUGAAUGAGAAGGGCCAGCAGGCAUCCAGCUACUUUGAUUCAGCACAAAAGAUACACGAGUUGCUGGACAGAUUGAAAGAGGCAGAAAAGGGGAAGAUGGAAGCUGUUGCAGAGGUAGAGGAGAAGAAGAGGCAGGCAGAAAGGCUAGAGGAAGAGCUGAGAGUCAAGGAGGCAGCUGCAAAGGAUGGUCAAACAAAACUCGUAGCAAUAGUUACAUCUGCAUCUGAGGAGAGGGCCAAGUUGGAGAUGAAAGUGGAUGAACAGUUUAGUGCCCUUGACAAGCUGCAGGGGGCCUUAACAUUGAGAGAGAAGGAGGCGAGCAACCUACAAAGGCAGCUGCAGGACCUCCAAAGAUCUCUCGAGGAGAAAGAGAAAGAGGUGGAGGUGGUGAAGAGGAUGGCACAAGAAGAUAAAGAUGAAAUGCAGAAGAAUGUUGGCGGCUUAAAAGAGACUUUAGAAGCAGAAGUCACUGCUCUUAAAGAGCAGGUCAAAAACAAAGAGGCAGAGCUAACCUCCACCAAUGAGACACUACAACAGCUAGAAGCCAAGAACCAAAGCCUGAACACAGAAAGAGAGAAACUAAUAACAAGCCUUGCUGAGUUGGAGGGUAACAUCAAAGAACAGACCACAAAGAUAGAUGACUACAAGACACAGUGCGCCAAUUUAAUGGAACUGAAUGAGAAACUGCUGACCACAGUGAAGAGAAAUGAGGAGUUGAAGAAGGAGAUGGCAGACAACAGAGCAGUGCUUGAAGCUGAAGUAGCAGCUCUAAGGGCUUCUGAAAAACAGCUUCGAGGCCAGCUGGAUGAUACCAAGGUGACAGUGGAUGAAAAAGAGAAGAAAUUGCGCGAGGAGAACCGCAAGUUGGAUGAGAGUCUGCAACGAGCCACCAUGGCCGCAAAGCUCUCAGAGACCACAUCAAAGCGCCUUGAGCAGGAGAACCAGAGUCUGAGAGAGGAGCAGGACACUGUGAAAGCAGCUCUUAGCCGCAUGCAAGCAGACCUGAAGAGUGUUCACGGGCAGAUCGGAGAAUUGGAGAAGAAUUUAGGAGCUUCACGCAAGAAUGAAGCCAGUCUUCAAGAACAGCUCCAAACCAAAGAGACCCAGCUAGAGAGUAAAGAGAGGAACCUUGUUGAGCUCCAGUCCAGGUUAAAAGCUCUGGAGACCAGGGAGAAGGAGCUUGAGAUUGCCAAGGCUGAUGCAGAAGCAACCUGUGCUAGACAGACGGAAGUGAUCGAAAGGGUGACCUCUGAGAAGCAGGCGAUGGAGAAAUCUCAGCUGGAGAGGAGCACUGUCCAAGCAAAGGAACACCAGGAAGUGUCAAGCAAACUGACUGUGAUUGAGGGCCAGUUGGAGGUGAGCAUGAAAGAAGUCUCCAGGCUCCAGACAGAGAUCCUGGACCUCAGGGUAAAGGUACAGAGGUCUGAGGAGGAAAAGCUUAAAUCUCAAGCACAGCUGGAGGUGACAGAAGCCCAAAGAGAUGAGCUCAGGACUCUGACCGAACAGCUCAAAGCUCAGACAGAGGCACUGAAUCAGAAGCAUAUAACAGAGCUUAUGGAGUGCAAAAAGAAAGAAGAGGCGCUGAUUGAUCAGCGUGACAGAGAAGUAGCUGCCCAUGCUGAGCAGGCUAUCUCUGCAGCUGCUGUCCGAGAAGAGCUGUCCACCCUCAAGGCAGAAAAUGGCAGGCUGGUCCUAGAGAACAGCGAGACACGUGAGGGUCUGCACAGGGCAAACACAGAGAUGGCAGAGCUGGGGAUGAGCAUCUGUAAGCUAAGUGCAGAAAAAGACGAGGCCAGAGAGCACUGGGCAGGCGACGCUGCCAGGAUUGAAGAGCUGGAGAAAGAGGUGGAGCGACUAGAAAAGUGCAUGAAAGAACUACGAUUGGAGGCGAAUGGACUAAGGGAGGAGCUGACGCAGAGGGAGACAAUUCCAGGGACUAUCGUGGAGCUCCAGGAGCAGCUGGAAAGGGCAAAGAACCAAGUGCAGAGCAUCAAGGACUCCAGCCGAGAGGAGAUGGAUGCCGUCAAGUUCCAGAUGAGCUCAGACAGCAUGAAUCAUCAGACCCAGAUGAAGAGUGUGAAUGAACAGCUGGACAAGGUGAAAGCCCAGCUUCAGGAGGAGCUGAAGAAUGUAUCCAGCUUGCAGGCCAAAGUGUCAGAACUAGGGGCUGUGAAUGAGCAGUACUUGCAGCUAGCUGGUGAGAAAGAUGCUCACAUCACAAAGACAGAAGCAACCAUUCGUGAGAGUGAGAACGAGAUUCAGCAACUGAGAAACGCAGUAAGCAGUGCUGAAGAAGCGCACUUGGCUGUGCGAAAGGUGUGCGAGGACUUGAAGCAGAAACUCAACACAAUGGAUGCUGACAAGCAAAGCCAGUACCUGAAGAUGACUGCAGAGAUAGAUGACCUCAACAGAACCAAGACCAACCUUGAAGAGCGGCUCAUCGAGCUGAUCCGGGACAAAGAUGCUCUGUGGCAGAAGUCGGACGCUCUGGAGUUUGAGCAGAAACUGCGAUCAGAGGAGCGCUGGUGGUUGGUGGAUAAAGAGGCCACUCACUGCCUCGGCUGCCAGGGCCAGUUCACAUGGUGGCUGCGCAGACAUCACUGCAGGCUUUGUGGUCGCAUCUUCUGCUACUACUGCAGCAACAACUUUGUGAUGACCAAGAACAGUGGGAAGAAGGAGCGCUGCUGCAGCGAAUGUUACACCCAGCACAGUGAGGUGGUAGAGAGGUUCACAGAGGCAGAGCUGAGUCCUUCAGAUACCCUGCCCCCUCCUCCACCUGGAGUAGGCCCUCAACCACCUCCUGAACGACCCCCGUACAAACCAACCCCCAGGGUAACAGUUUCUGACCCCAGCAAUAGAUCUGAUGAUGGAGCUUUCGACAUCAUCACAGAAGAGGAAGUGAAUGGCGUCUACGACAGUGACACCACCUCCCUGACCACAGGAGGCUCACUGGAGGGAGAACAAGACCAACGGCCUCCAGGAGCACUGGAAAUAGGCACAGGAGAUGUGACCCCUGAUGACCCUGAAGAGCACGUCCCCACUGUACAGGAUUCAGAGAUCAACCUUCUCAAAUCCGGAGAGGUCACUAUGGCUGUUCCUCUCAGCAUUGAUGAUAUUUCCCAGUUUGGUGACAGUUCCAGGGAACUCUUCAUCAAGUCCAGCUGUUACAGUGCGAUAACCGUGGUUGUGGGUGACUGUGGGCCAACCAUCAGCUGGAUGUUUUCCUCUGAGCCCAAAAGCAUCUCCUUUAGUGUGGUUUAUCGGGAAUCCACUGACACUCAGGUGGAACAGUCAAAGAAGCCUUCUUCCUACAGGUUUAUCUCCAAGAAAGUCUUCUACAAUCUGACCAUGGAGAAACCCAUAAUCUAUGAUGGAAGCGAUUUUCCCUGA